UAGACUCGCAGCUGACAGAGAUAGACAAGAGAGAGGAGGGAGAGAUAGCAGGGGAGGAAUGGAGCUUUAAGAAACUAUUUCUGCGGCCUUUUAGCACUGAGCGGACUGUAACUGGGAUGAGUGACUUGGUGAGCUUGUGAGUUACUUUCUGUUAGCUGAGCUGUAAUAAAAAAUAAAAAAAAGACAGAAAAAGCAAAAAAAAAGAAAAAAAGAAAAGAGAAACCUCGCUACCACUGUCAGUCAGCUUCAUAUCAAAGUGCUUAAUGGCUGUUACUCAGGCUGUGCUCCCUUCCUUCAGCUCCUUCUCUAACCUCGCUCACUCCGGCGGAAUGAAAGUGUGGAAGUCUGAGGGUGGCUCUCUUCCUCUGGACUCUCUAAACAACAGACUGUCGCCAAACAGCUCUGAGCAGCUGCAGGUCUCUCAACAAAUGACAGAGGAGCUCCUGGACGAUGACAGCCAGGCAUCCUGGGACAUUGAGUUCCUGCUGGCUGACUGGAGCAGCCCAUCACCUGACCUCAAUCCUUCCCUGGACAACAACAAUCAACGGCUCCCACAGCUCGACCCGAGCAGAGUGUACCAAGAGGCAGGCAUGUUCAAGGACCAACCAGUACAGGAGCGUCUGCAGAUGGAGGGUGGUAGCAGCCUCAUGGCUGAACUCCUGUCCUCCGCUGAAACAACAGUAUCUGUCCAGCCAGAGUUGUACCACCGUGGUUAUAAUGAAGACCAAACAGGUCGGACUUCAUUUCCCAGUCACAGUGUAGAUCAGUUUGGUUUCCCCCUGGGGAGCAGUGUGGAGAGACACAGCAGAGGAAACCUCAGUAAGGUUGCAUCAUGGGAAUUCAACCCUUACUAUUCCCAACAGCAGCCUUCCUUGCUGACCUUCCCCGACAGCAGGUUCAUCCCACCUCAAGCUGUGACCUCUGACCCUCGACACUACAGCUACAUGCCCCACUUUAACCACAACACCAACCUUUUCUGCGACUACACCCACAGCCAGGCUGCUGGUCACCUGCCCCUUCAUCAGCAGCCCCUGCUGGUUGGACCCCAGCUGCCUCCUGGUGGGUUGGAGGGGAAGCGUGGUCGAAGGACUACGGGGAAAAAGAGGCCUGCGAUCCACAGCUGUGAGUACCCUGGCUGCAGCAAGACCUACACCAAGAGCUCACACCUCAAGGCUCACCUCCGUACCCACACAGGGGAAAAGCCUUAUCACUGUUCGUGGGACGGCUGCAGCUGGAAAUUUGCCCGCUCAGAUGAGCUCACGCGUCACUACCGUAAGCACACGGGGCAAAAGCCCUAUGAGUGUCUGCUGUGUCAGAGGGCCUUCUCCCGCUCCGACCACCUGGCUCUGCACAUGAAGAGACACACCUGAUGCCUCACACACUAACACCAGUGCCAAUAAUCCAGCUUUAAUGCACUCCAAUCCCAACGACACAUCAUGACUUGGAUUUUCUUCGACUCUAACCCAGACAUGUAUGCUGAGCACUCGAAUUUGAGACUCAAUGACCUCUGACAUCAAUGUAACCCUAAAUGUGUACUUGAUUAUCUGGUUGGUUAACUAUACAGGCCAGUCAAUGUACACUGUUAAAAUACAAUUUCAGCGCUGAUUAUGUAAUUUUCAGAUUUGUUUGUCUGUUUAGUUUAAAAGACUCAAAUCUAUUUCAGAAGCCGACUAUAUAUCAAUUUCAGAUUUUUUUUUAAAAUGAAAUGAAAUGACUGACGUCCACAGUGAUUAAGACUGACCAUCAGAUAGUGACUUAUUAACCAAUAACAUUUAAUGUGACAGAUUAUAUUCUUUUUAAUUAGAUUGGGUCCAGAUUGCUGGAACUCUGACUGAUUAAUUGGACAUCAUGAAGACACAACUUUGGUUAUUUUCACAGUGAAGUGUCGGGACUUGACUACAUGCUGGACUGAGUUAUUCUCUUUCUAACCCUAACACAGACACACACACGUUUUUACAUUGAGGACCUUCAGUAGAGUACAGAAACUUAAACACUAACAAAAGACCUACUGAAAGAUGUGUGUAACAGGUUAUAAUAGUAUAUCCUGUAGGAAGUCAUGGCUCACUUGACAAAGUCAUGACCGCUUAGUUGCAUUACUGCUGAGAUGAUAUCUUUGAUUUCCUUUGUAAUAAUGAUUGUAACUUUAAGAAUGUGAUUAUACAGUAAAUUUAUGGCUGUGAAUUUUUGUCAACUUUUUAUUUGUGUCUGUUUGGGGAAUUUUAAUUUAAGAAAAAUAUGUAUGCUUUUUUGUCUCAUAGCUGUAAAUAAGCUACACUUUUCUCAGUUGUUUAUCAUCAUCUCAAAGUGAGCAACAUAUUUAUUAACAUGAUCUUUUAAGU